UUUCAAUUCUCUCGUAUCAUUUUGUCUACUGAUUCCUUCUGUUUCAGAGGGAACGAUUAAAUCUUUGGUAGGAAAGUUAAAGGGAAAUUCUUGCUUCAUACUUCUUUACAGACAAGUGUGUUCAAGAAUUCUCCCUUCUGAUUCUAUUUCUAUAGAAAAAAAACUUUAUCAAUCUAUAUAUAUAUACAUACACCACAUUCAUUCAUUGAUUUGGUAAUUUUAUUACACAAUCAGAAAUCCCAGAAUACCAUUUUUCUUAUUUCUUGUCCCUUUUUUAUUUUUACUUCUGGGGCUCCGGGUGAUUUGAAAAUAAACUUUAAUCUUAAACAUUUUAUGAUUUCUGUUCCAAAAAUUUUCUGGGUUUUAAAUCUUGAACUUGUCUGUUGAACACAAACUUGAUUUUCACAAAAUUGAAGUUUUGGUGUAAUUUAAGGUUUAAGGUCACUUCGAGGUUUUAUUUGGUACACAAUGAAAGGGGAUAGAAUGGCAAAGAGGUCUUCUUUUGGGAGCGUCGUCAGGAGAAGAUUGUCAGAUAUUACCAAUUCUGCUCCACAGCCUAGAUCUCCAAGCAAUGUAGAAAAGCCCUCCUUGGAUCCUUCUUCUAAGGAAUAUAUUGAUCAUCUUGCCAAGGAAAAUAUGGCACUGGUCAAGCUUAUUCAAGAUAAAAAUAAGGUGAUUGAAUUGAAUGGAAUUGAGCUCCAAAAACUCAGAAUCAAUCUUCAGAAGAUGCAAAUGCAGAAUUGGAAUCUUGCUCAAGCCAAUAGUGUUAUGAUAGCGGAACUUAAUUUCGGGAAAGAAAAGAUGAUGACCCUACAGCACGAGAUUUCCUGCAAGGAGGCACUUCUUAAAUCAAGGAGUUUGGAAAUCAAGGAGAGAGAGCUGACUCCUGCAGAAGAAACCAAACAUGAUAAUAGCAAGAACAGAAGGCCCCGCUUCACAAGAAGUAGAUCCGUAGGCCAUUGUACAACUGUAUCCCAUCAAGUUGCAGCAAAGGAGGCAGCAGAAAACAAGAGGCUCUGUUUAAGGAGGCAGUCAGCUAGUUCCAAAAUGCAACAGCAGGAAAACAAAGAAAACUUGUUCGAACUAGAGGACGUGAUGCUGCCAACUGCUGGCGUACCGACUGAUUUUGGACCAGCUUCAUCACCUUUUACUUACAAAGACUGUAAAGAUGAUAAGCAACAUGGUGCUGAACUUAAAUCUAGACGACCAGAAAGAACCUCAAUUGGUGGAAGACCAUUAAGAAAGGCAGCUGAGAAGGUUCAAUCCUAUAAAGAAGUCCCUUUAAAUAGUAAAAUGAGGAGAGCAAAUUGAGCUGUAUGAAAUUUGAAAAUCAGAGUCUUGUGCUAUAUAUAUUUAGCCUGCAGAUUUGCUCUUCUGCACUCAUAGAUUAUGGUUAUGUCAAUUUGGUUUUGAUUUUGUGUAAUGUGUGUGUGUAUACUUCAUGUCACCAUCUAUAACAGUACAGCAACUCUUCAUUGUCCC